AUGUCCGCUAAAAGAUUCAAUUCAUCAAUUACUCCAGUGAGAACUUCACAAGCUCCACCACCAGCUGCGUCAUAUUCACAAGCAGUCAUUGCCAAUGGAUUCAUUUACGUUUCUGGUCAAAUUCCUUACACUGCUGACAAUAAACCAUUACCCGAGUCAGCAUCAAUUCAAGACUAUGCCGAGCAAGCAAUUCAAAAUGUGUCUGCGAUUUUGGAAGCUUCAAACUCUUCGUUGAAGCACAUUGUCAAAGCCAACAUCUUUUUAACUGACAUGAAUGCUCAAUUUGGUGAAUUCAACAAAGUGUAUGCCAAGUACUUUAACGAGCACAAACCAGCUAGAUCAUGUGUUGCUGUGAAGGAAUUGCCAUUGGGUGUGCCAUUGGAGAUUGAAGCUAUUGCAGUUGAGAAAGAUGCCACCAAGUUGUGA